ACGGCGGGCGGGAGAGAAGAGUGAUGAAAAAACCAUGGCCGGGGGCGGUGACAACCCGGGGGCAGCAGCACACCAGUCCCGUGGUGUGGUGCUUGGCCAUAUUCUGCACCGUCCUGACGGUGGCCGUGAUCCUCGCCGGGAUCGUGGUGUUCGUCGGCUACAUGGUGGCCCGGCCGAGGGUCCCGCAGAUGAUCGUGGAGCGGGCCAGCAUCGAGCAGCUGUCGUACGACAUGGUCGGCCACCUCAGCCUGCGGAUCUCGGUGGUGAUCAAGGCGGAGAACGACAACGCCAAGGCGCGGGCAUACUUCUACCACACCAGCUUCGGGCUGAGCUUCCACGGGGUGAGGGUGGCGUACCUGAACGCCGCCCCGUUCGCGGUGGCGAGGAACAGCACGAGGGAGCUGGAUUACCUGGUGGAGUCGUCGCCGAUCCCGCUGACGCCGGAGGAAGGGGAGAGGGUGGCGGAAGGGCUGAAGGGGACCGCGGUGAUGUUUGAGCUGAAGGGGACGACGAGGACGCGGUGGAGCAUUUGGGUGGUGGGUUCGGUCAAAUUCUGGAUGCGCCUCGACUGCCGCCUCAAACUUCCGGUCAACGGAACCGCCGUAUACCCCAACUGCGCCACCAAAGCUCGGUAGCCUGCAUUCGUUUUCUUUCAGUUCAAUUCUAUCCUUUUUUGUUGUAAAUGAUGAGCCCAAAAUCCAAAUACACCUUUGUCUUUCUUUCACAUUCAAUUUCGAUCUCAAAAUUUGUCAAUUUGUGGCCGAAUCUUCCCGUUUGACUAUUAAUAUUGUUAUUUAUAUUUUAUUUCAAAAUAAAUUAAUAUUUUUUUU